AUCGCCGUGGACCUCCCGCUCCGUCGACUCCCCGCAGAAUGCGAGGAGCGUUGGAGGACGGACAAGGCGCUGCGGAGGCGAGCGAGGGAGGAAGGGGACGAGGGGUUGGAGGAGGCGGACCGACGGGAGCUGCGGAGAAUCGAGGCCUACAACGACGCCAGGAUCAUGGGCCCCGGCGCGGUGCCCAAGUACCCGAGCCGGGGGGAGGAGCCCCCACAGGGGGGAGACGCAGAGCAGCAGGAGGAGACUGACGCGGGCGGAGGAGGAGGGAGUCGGGGGCCAGAGGAGGGGGACGACGGGGUUCUCACGUACUGCUGCGAGGGCCACCCAGAGGAGGUGUACGCCGCGUUGAGGGGACUCCGGGAGUGCUCCCUCCUCACCGACCUCACCCUCAUCCUGGGGGGUCGAGGCGCCGCGGGGGUCGGGGGGGCGACCCUCCGGGUUCACUCCCCCGUCCUGGCCGCCGUCAGCUCCCUGGUCCGGGACGCCCUGGAGGCCCGGACCAGGCACCACCGAGCCGAGCCCGGAGCCGGAGGGGUCCGGAGCUGGUCCCUGAGUCUGGGUCCUGAGGUGGACCCCGGAGGGUUGCAGGCCGUCCUGGACUUCGCCUACAGCGGGGACACGGCGUGCCUGGACGGAGGCACCGUGGCCCGGGUACGGGCCGCGGCCGAUGCCCUGGGGGUCCCAAGAGUCCUGGAUCUCUGCGCCCGGGAGGGGGAGAUCCAGAAGAAGCAGGGGGAGGAGGGGGAGGAGGAGAGGAGGAGGAGGAGGGCAGCAGAACAGAUGAAGGCCAGUCUCCGGUGCUUGGAGGAGCUGUGGGAGGAGGGAGUGGGCUGUGACGUGGUUCUGGAUGUGGACGGCACAGCGGUUCAGGCCCACCGGGCGCUCCUGGCGGCGAGCAGCGACUACUUCAGGGGGAUGUUCACCUGCGGCAUGCGGGAGUCCCGCCAGCACGGCGUCUCCCUGCCCGGCCUGCCCCCCUCCGAGCUGCUCCCCCUGGUGGCCUUCUCCUACCGCGGCGCCCUGCCCCUGGGCUGGGCCCGUGUGUUCGAGCUGGCCUGCGCCGCCGACCGCCUCCAGUUCGCCGGCGCUCUGGCGCUCUGCACGGACUUCAUGCGCCGGGAGAUGACGGCGGCCACCUGCCUGGACGUGGCGUCCUUCGCCGGGGCGUACGGCGCGGCCCGCCUGCUGGCGGACGCCGACGACUUCGUCCUGAGGAACUUCCCGGAGGUGGCGGCCGCGCCCGCCUUCGCCGACCUGCCGCCGGACCGGCUGCAGGCGUACCUGGGCUCGGACGCGCUGGUGGCGCCCAGCGAGCUGUGUGCCUUCCGGGCGGCGGCGGCCUGGGUGUUGGCCGACCCCGAGCGGCGUCGGGCCACGGCGCCGGCGCUCAUGCGCCAGGUCCGCUUCCCGCUCAUGACCUUCCGCGAGUUCCAAGAGGUGAGGGCCGUCGCACUGCGCAUAGAGUGCAGCGGAGGAGGAGGAGGAGGGGGAGGUGGUGCUGAAGGAGGAGGAGGAGGAGGAGGAGGAGGAGGAGGAGGAGGUGGAGGUGGUGCUGGAGGAGGAGGAGGAGGUGGUGAUGCUGAAGGAGGAGGAGGAGGAGGUGCUGGAGGAGAAGGAGGAGGAGGUGGUGGAGGAGGUGGUGGUGAUGCUGAAGGAGGAGGAGGAGGAGGUGCUGGAGAAGAAGGAGGAGGAGGUGCUGGAGGAGGUGGUGGUGCUGAAGCAGGAGGAGGAGGAAGAGGAGGUGGUGCAUUAGGAAAAGCUGGAGAAGGAGUUGGAGUAGGAGGAGCUGAAGGAGGAGGAGGUGGCGGAAGAGGAGGUGGUGCUGAAGAAGAAGGCGGGGGAGGCGGAGGCGGCGGAAUAGAAAAAGCUGGAGACGGUGGAGGAGGAGGUGUUGCUGGAGGAUCAGGAGGUGGAGGCUCCCCAGACACGGAGUUCUACCUCUGGGCUCUGGAGGAGUUCAGCGCCGAGCUCCCGGAGGCGCGGCGCCGGCUCCGACGGCCGAACGCCCUGGUCCUGGUGGGCGGCGACCUGCUGGGCUGGGGCGCCGCGCAGCGCGAGCUGAGCCGCGAGCUGUGGUUCUCCCAGGCGCUGUGCAGCGGCACAGGGCUCCUGAAGGACGUGGAGUGGCGGCGUCUGGGGGCGCUGCCCGACGGGCCGCGCUUCCGCCACGCCGUGGGGGUGGUGCGGGGGCGGCUCCACGUGGUCGGGGGCUGCGACUUCUACGCGCCCGACGACACCAUGAAGUCCGCCUACAGCUAUGACCCUGAGCUGGACCGCUGGCGGAGGCUGGCUGACAUGCAGGAGGCCCGCAGCAGCUUCUCGGUGGUGGUGGGUGAAGACGAGCUGCUCUACGCCCUGGGCGGAGACCGGCAGAUCAACACCAACGUGGCCAGCGUGGAGGUGUACGACCAGCAGGCUGACUCCUGGAGCUACGCCCGACCUCUGGACCAGCCUCUGAGCGGCCACGCCUCCGUCCACCUGUCCGGCGACCAGGUCCUCAUCACCGGGGGGUUCGACCCCCAGUACCGCUGCCUGACCUCCACCCUGCUGUACCGGCCCGGCCGCGGCACCACCCGCCUGGCCGACAUGGCCCACGAGCGGGCGCAGCACGUCAUGGAGGCGCUGCGGGACGGGCGGGGCCGCUGCCGCCGGCUGUACGUGGCAGGCGGCGUGCGCAACCUCCGGGCGUUCUACGGCGACCAGCUGGCGUGCGAGGCCUACGACUUCCAGGCGGGCGGCGGCGGCGGCGGCGGCGGGGGGACGUGGAGCGCCUUCGCCCCGCUGCCCGUGGCCCACGUGGGCGCCGCCGCCGCCGUCCUGGAGGGGCGGCUGUACGUGCUGGGGGGGCUAUCCCAAGAGGACUUCCGGGAAACGGGCUUGGUCCACCGCUACGACGGCGCCACCGGCCGCUGGCAGAGCAUGGGCCGGAUGCCCGGGGCGGUCACCGACGUGCGGGCCUGUCUGCUGCGCCUGCCCGGGCGUCUGAGGCGGUGAGGCCCCCGGGGGGGGGAGGGGUCCUGGGUUCAGGGACCCCCCCCCCGGGGUCAGGCGGUGAGGCCCCCGGGGUUCCUAGGUCCAGUACCAGGCUGCCACCUGCCUGUAGGCAUAGGCUAGCGUCUGAUGGUAGACCUUCUAGAGGCACACACCAGGCACUCUGAUGCACGGCAGUAGGUGUGACGGGCGUUGGAUUAAAGGACAAUGAAUGGAUUGUGGAUGAGAUCCGACCGGAGCCCUGAUAGGAGACGCAUUGGGUUUCAUUUAUUUGUAGAAUCUGUGAGAUGGGGUGAUUGUGUGUGGGUGACCCAGUUUCCCACCUGAGGAUUAUUAUUGAAUUGUAGAUAAUUCAGUGUUUACAUGCUCUAUAUUUAUUAUACUGGGUAAUAAAUAAAGUACAGCAUUAUAAAAUGAA